UACUUACUUUCUAUAUGUUUGUUACCAAGUGAUUGUGUUUGUUUACAGUUAGUGAAACGUGGGCGUGUUUCGUGAGUGUUUUGAGAUUAUUUCUAGUUUGAAGCGGGAUUAAAAAACAGGAAUGUCUGAUAAAGUUUUGCCGAUUGCUUUUUUGAACUUAGCGGGAGAAAUGAUAUAUGUGAUCAAGCAGCGCCUUGAAGCUCAAAAUAUAUCGGAAGAUAAAUCAUCUAAAGUUAUUCAAGAUAUUAUAAGUACUAUGCUGAAUGAUCAAUUCAUUGCUGAAUUAUUUAAACCUCAAAAAAUGUACUCCAGGUCUGCAAUGCAAUUUGUAUUUGAGAAAUUGGUCCAUUCAUCAAUUAUGAGGCUAAAUAGCAAUAGUAUGGGCAAGCUCUAUGAUUUAAUGUUGAUGGUCUUCAAAUACCAAGUUGUUAAUUGUCAUUGUCCUGAAGAGAUACUUCUUGUAACGUUGAACCAUUUUGAUGAAAUCAAAAUAUGUGCUAAAAUAUAUCCUGAUCUGAUGAAAAAAACUGAAAAACUUCAUUCCUUGCUUGUUUCAAACUACAAGGAUAUUCCUCAUGAAGAUUAUGAAUGUCUCUAUAACUGCAUUAUUGCAUUUUUGCAGGAUCUUAAUAUACGAGUAUCGGUACUAAUGAAGCUGGGAUACCAGUUGCCAAAUGGCGAAAUUAUUCAGCGAAAUGAUGUAACCACAAGAGAUGUUAAAUUUGUAAGGGAAGUUUCAGUUGAAGAUACUGAAGGCAUUUCACAUGGAAAGAAGCAAAUGAGUUAUUUCCCUCUCCACAGCCUUGCUUUUGAUGGUGAUAGGGGCACAGUGCUUGGAAAGAACAUCUAUGAUAAGUCAACUGCUGAGCACCAAAGAAAGGCAUCAAAAUCCAUCUUGUCACAGUCUGUUUCUAUCAUGGAUAACAUUCAGCGUAAUGGAUCAGAGAAUUUUCAAGCUGUGGAAGAACUUAGUCUUCUUGGUCGACUUAUUGGAAAGUGCACACAGGCAAAUCACAUUCCUGAGAUAACACUUUCCUGUGAUGAGGAUAUAGAAGAUGUCCAUAGCGCAGUAGUAAAAGACAGCUGUUCUUUUGUGAGCAUAGAUGCUUCUCAGAAAUGCCAAAAAGAAUUAGGUAGAAUUUCAAAUGAGCUUUUAGUUGAGAAUGACAAAAAAGAAAGUGAUAUUUUGGAGCUUUUAGACAUUGCUGAAAAUAUUAAAAUAGAGCAAUAAAAAUUUGGUACAUAAACAGAAUGUUCAGAAGUGCUUAACUCUGUAAAGUAUGGCUGGACAACAUUUUGAUGAAAUCGGAAUAUUCCAAAAGAAUAUUACUUGGAUCGUACAGAAAUGAUUGACACAACGGCUCUCACAAUGAAACUAUUAUGCUAUGCAACAGGGAAAACAAGUGAAACAGACACAAGGGGGCAUGAGCUACUUAUCAGAAUGCAUAAAUGGCGCUGGCUGCAAGCCGAAUGGUAUAACUCAGUGCAUGUCCCCUUCACCGCCAUCGUUGAAAGCGUGGACAGCAACGAUAGAAGGUGACUAUCACGGUCAGCGAUGGAUAGCAUGGUUCACAUGGAAGGAAGGGAUACAGAGUAGUGAGAUCCAUUGUUGCAUGGUGUCGGUGUGCAGGAACAAAGCACCCUCAAGGCAUCCUGUUGGUUGGCCAAGUUCAGCAAUGGAGUCAGCGCAGGAUGACCAACAACAUCGCAUACAGCAUGAAAUGUGGUAGCUCUGCUAGAUUUGAUCAUGGUGAACAGGCACAUAAUGUUCAACAGGAAGAGACAGUGUUGCGCAAGGAACAAUGCAAGUGAUUUGGAGAACAAAUGUGUGUGCUUCAUGCACUUGCACAACAACAGAGGGUGAAGCGUAUCGACAUUUGCAAAAAACUUAGUGCACUACACGAUGCUGAUCCGGAUGACUUCUUUGUCCGCCUGGUCAUGGGGAAGAGUCUUGGCUUUUGCACGACAUUCCCCUAGCUCCAUAGAGUGGAAAGCACGCAUGACGCCCACAUACCAAGAAACCUCUCUUUAAUUUUUAGCUAAUUGCAUCUCUUAUUAUUACAUAUGAUUUGCAAGUUAUGUUUGCAUAUUUUCCAUUAGCUUGACAUAACCUUUUAUAUCUUCUUAAAUUUCACAAGCAUGCAAACAUAUUAGUACUUUCUCUAGCCACCUAUAGUUACAAAAUUUCAAUGGCAGCCUUAUGCACACUCACUGUUGAAAAAUCUUGACAUGCUGGAGAAUCUUUGAAUAUAGUGCUCUUAAAAUAUAAGGUGUAUCCCAGCUUGUAGUGGAUGCUUUUUUACAGAAAACAUUGUUCAAAAUAUGAAAGCCACAACUACCAAUAGAUAUACAUUAAAUGCCAUAUUCCUUUUUCAAUUCAUGUUAGAAGGUUUCAUAUAACUUCCAGUUUAUGGCUGGACCAUUGAUACUAAUUUGUAGCACACUUUUUAACUGCCAUUUGAAAACUUCCAAAAAUAUUAGCAGCUGUUGUAAGUCCCAAGAAAACAGAGAACAAAAAUUGAGUUGCAACUUUAUUUUGGUCAAGCUGUCAAUAUCUGAUAUGAACAUCUAAUUGCUUUUAUUUAUUUAUUUAUUUUUUUGAAAAUUUUGUUUUACCUCAUCAAAUAAAGGUGGGAUAGCUUCUUAAAAUUCAUCAAACAUGACUCUGAAAAUAAAGUUUAAUCCAAAAUGGCUUUAUCUCACUACAAGUGUCUUGCUAUAACUCUGUCAGGGAGCAUACUUGAAAAAAGUUUACCAAUAUCACUGCUAGAUCUAUAAGAAUAAUGACUUGUCACCACUUUCAAACAGCACAAAAUUUCAUCAUACAAAACAUCUUUUGAAGCUCCAAUAGCAUCGUCAAAGUACUUGAAUUUUGCAAAGCACAGAUAACACCCAGGGAGCAGGAAGGUGCAACACUAACAGGAUUUAAUUUUGGGAAAUAGCUUGUUAUUCCACCAACAGCUGUAUUUUUCCUUUUCAGAAAUUUUUUAUGCUUGCCACCUAGAAAUAAAUUGAAUUUAUUGUACAUUUAUUUAUUUUUCCACUCAUAUUUAAAUAAUUUAACUCAAAAUUCUGAACAUUUUCUAAAGUCUCAUUAUAUGAUAGUUUUCUUGUAACAGAUGAUACAAAGUAUUUUAAGUAAAAAAAAAAAAAAAAAAAAAAAAAGCAAUAUUUCUGAAAUCAGAGGACGGAAAUUGCUUCAUGUAGUCGCUUAACUAACCAACAUGCUCGGAAACUGCCAAUUGCUGGAUAAUCGAGUGUAACUGGAAAAAGAGGGGGGGGUAGAUUGUAGCUGUUGUUUUAUAUUUAUCCGCUAAGUAAUGCUUUUGACAUUUUGAUAUGUGUAUUCAAUAUCAUUUUUAAGACUAUUUCUGUAUCUUUCGUAACGUCACAAUAUUUAGAAUACAAAACAUCAUGAAGAUCUUAAUUUAACAUUCAGUAAGUAACAAAUGUUGCUCUUGAUUUAAAAAAAAAAAAAAAAAAAAAAAAAA